UUAGUAUUGAAUCUUUUUUAAUAAUUUAGCCUACAUUAUCCAAAUCAACGAUUACGGCCUCAUAUUUUUUCUCAGGGGGGGCGUAUCUUGAAACUACUCACUGAAAGAGCUCGAUGGACUCCAGAAUCGUUUCAUCUUGUUUGGUUUUGUUCUGAGUUAGCUGGCUUUCUGAGUAAAGACUAAACAAAACGAAGGAAAAUCAUGUCUUCUCUGAUUGAAGGCCUCCCUGAUGCAAUUUCUCUUAGAUGUCUUGCGUAUAUCCCAUAUUAUCUCCUCCCUAAGUUGGAACUUGUUUCUCGCUCUUGGAAAGCCGCUAUUCGUAGCGCCGAACUGUUUAGAGCUCGACACGAAGUUGGUCUAUAUGAGGAUUUUCUAUGUGUAUCCUCUUACCAUCCAAAUAAUACAUGGCAGCUUUAUGACCCUCUUCAGAACCUUUGGAUGACCCUCCCUGAACUUCCCUCAAAGAGAAGGCACCUUGCAAAUUUUGGUGCCGUCUCCAUUUCUCAAAAGCUGUUUGUUCUCGGUGGUCGCAGUGAUGCCGUGGAUCCAGUGACUGGUGACCGUGAUGACAACUUUUCAACCAAUGAGGUCUGGUCCUUUGACGCUGUAACCCGAAUGUGGUCUAUGCGAGCACCAAUGCUCGUGCCACGUGCUAUGUUUGCCUGCUGUGUUGUGGAUGGGAAAAUUGUAGUUGCAGGUGGCUUCACCAGCAUAUCAAAAUCAACUUCUAAAGCAGAAAUGUAUGACUCUGAGAAGGAUAUUUGGAUUCCAUUACCUGAUCUACCUCACACCCAUGAUUCAACCUGCAUUGGAUUGGUGAUUGGAGGAAAAAUGCACAUUGUGUACAAUGGGGAGUCCACAGUGCAAGUUUUUGAGAGUUCGGAAAUAAAAUGGAGAGUUGAGGAUUAUGGUUGGCUUCACGGCCUCAAGGCUGUUGUUGGAGAUUCACUCUAUGUCAUGAGCCUAACACAAGGAUUUGUCUUCAAGCAAGAUGGACCAGAUUGGCAGGUUAUUGUUUUGGCAACUCAAUUUCUCCGACGGAUCGGGAUGGCGGUUAUCGGUUUUAGAGGUGAAUUAUACAUGAUUGGAGGCGUAAUUCACUCGAACCGCGGCAAUGGAGAUCUUAUAAAACUAUCUGACGUGCGUGUUCUUAACCUGAGGGAUGAGAAACCAACUUGGCAUUGUGCUGCUCAAAUGAGUCGAUGCCAGGGAACUGUUCUUGGAUGCACAGAGUUGAGAAUAUAGGAUUUGAAUGUUGCCUUCUCUACCGUUCCUCCCCUAACAAAGAAAGUAAUUCAGAGACCCAACACUGUAAAUUUAUAUUAGGUUAAAUUACAUCUUUGAGUCUGUGUGUCUAUUUAGUCCUAAACAAUAUGAAUUUAAAUUUUGUAUCUAAUUCACUGUAAAUUUUAGAACGGUCUAAUAUAUCAUUCAACUUUUAACUUUGUGCCUA